ACAGUUGCUGGGCACCAGACUCAGUGCGACAUGGCCAGCCACGCAUCCCUCACAUCGCCCACAACCUUUAGAAUUUCCCACGUCAACUCCUUGAGUGACGAGGAUUUCAUCACAACGUUUGGCAAUGUAAUCGAACACUGCUCCCUGGUGGCCGCUGCUGUGGUCAGUAGCCGUCCCUUCCACAGCCUCCAACACCUGCAUGCUGAGAUCUGCUCUUUUAUCGACGAGCUUCCAGUUAAAGGUCGUGAGGGAAUCCUGCGAAGCCACCCGGACCUGGCGGGGCGAGCAGCCAUGGCGGGCCAGUUGACGCAGGAGUCUAGUCAGGAACAGAAAAGCGCAGGCCUCGGCAACCUGACGCAGCAGGAAAGAUCAAAUUUAGAUCUCAUGAAUACCAGCUACCGCCACAAGUUCGGCUUUCCCUUCGUGAUCUGUGCUCGGCUGAACAAGAAGGAGGCCAUCCUACAGGGCCUCAGCAGGCGCCUGCAUAACUCACCGGAGGAGGAACUGCACACGGGCAUCGAAGAGGUGAAGAAGAUUGCACUGCUGCGCCUCAAGAACUUGAUCUCCGAGGACAUGGACAGCAAAAUGUGAUCGUGCCCAAGAACUGCUUUCUUCUCCUCUUCCCUCCUCCUUAGUGGCAACACCGGAGUCACAUGACGCCACAGUUGUAAAUAGCUAUAUGGAGCAGCAAGUGUACAUAUAAGAGUAUUUAAUGUUCCGGGGGGAGUUACGUUGUUUUCAAGUAUGACUAUAGUAAGUGUUGAAUUUAACUAAUCUUCUGACAGAAAGUUUCAGACCUCACGUUUAUUAAAACACACACACACACACACUAACACACACACACACACACACACACACACACACACACACACACACACACACACACACACACACACAGACAGACAGACAGACAGACAGACAGACAGACAGACAGACAGACAGACAGACAGACAGACAGACAGACAGACAGACAGACAGACACACACACACACACACACACACACACACACACACACACACACACACACACACACACACACACACACACACACACACACACAAAUAACAUAGAUAAAUAAAUGAGAUAAAAAUAGUCCUCGUCACCCCGCUGCCUUAUCACCACAGGUGCUGGAACAGAGGCGCUUACUGGAGGUCGCCACAGCAGCGUCACCUCAUGACAGCUGCCAGAUGUCGCCUCAAUAUUACGGAAAUUACGCUUACAAGUCGAGUUAUGAACUUAAAGUAGACACUUUUUAUUUAUCUAUUUUCUUUAUUACGAGUAUAAGCCAUCUUGAGAAUAAGCUAAAGGUCUGAGAUAAUCCUUGCCAGAUGAUGAGCCUCACGCAACACUUAGUUACUUGGUGAUUCCUGAAAAAAAAAAAAAAAAACGUAACACCGUCUCUGUGAUUGCUAUUAUCAUUACUAUCAUUAUUUUAUUGUUACCGUUGUUGUUAGCAAUAUCAUUUAAUUACUGUAUACUGUAUGCCAAGAAUAGCAAUUGUAUAAUGGAAUAAACUUCUGAAUCUGAAUCUGAAACGCAUAAUGGUAUACCGUAAAAAAAAAAAAAAAGACAAUAAAAGUAACAAAGUGUAAAUGAAAAAUUGUUUAAAACAGGCAACAGAGACUGCUUAAGAAAUAAAACUUAUGCAAAAGA